UCAACUAUGUGAUCUCUUUUCUCCCUCAAAUCUGCUCUUUCAUCCUCUCAACUUGGCUCCAUUACCACCCGCAAAGCAUUCAAGCGACAAAGUUACUUUCUUUGACUUAAAAGUUUACUUUUCGCUCCUCUUUUUGUUUUGUUUGUUUUGAAUCGCCACUGGUUCGCUAACUCGCGCGACCAACAUGGCAACUCCGGCCGCUCCGACUCUUCUCCCCGUGGCUCCGCUCGGCCACCACCCGGCGGCGAGCUCCGCGUCCCCGGCCACUCACUCACCGCCACCUGCGGCCACCUCUGCCACUUCCUCCCCGGCUCCUCCGGCGGCGCGUCCGGCGCUGCUCCACCAUUUCCGAGCGGACCUCUUACUCCCGAACGGCACCCAGUUGAAGCCCGGCGUCGGUGUCGUCCCGGUGUCCGGCGGCGGAAACAAGCCCGUGUACGCCACCCCUUCCCCGGUAGAGAGCACCCCGCAGAACAACGAGUGCCGGCUGGUGGAGGUGAAAGGAGCCAAACUGGCGUCGUUCACCGUCAAAGACACGGAGCUCAUUUGCCUCCCGCAGGCCUUCGACGUGUUCCUCAAGCACCUGGUCGGCGGGCUCCACACCGUCUACACUAAGCUGAAGCGGCUGGACAUCACACCGGUGGUGUGUAACGUGGAGCAGGUCCGCGUGCUCCGGGGACUCGGGGCCAUCCAGCCCGGCGUGAACCGAUGCAAGCUCAUCUCCAGGCAGGACUUCGAGACGCUCUAUAGCGACUGUACCAACGCGAGUUCGAGGCCCGGCAGACCGCCCAAGAGGCUGCAGACGGUGACUGACGGCGGGGCUCACCACAUGCUGUCCCACGGCGGUCUGAUGCACGCCGGGAUCAUGCCUCCCGCAGAUCUGUCCGCCCUGGCCAAGAAGAUCAAACUGGAGAUGGGCGGUUACCACAACAACCAACAACAUGGCGGCCACAACGGAGAGAAUGGCGACCACAGUCCAGGAUUGGUUCUGGACCAGUUGCCCUUCAUGAUGAUGUCACAUCCCCUGAUCCCGGCCAGUCUGGCACCGGCCUCCGUUUCCAUGGCGAUGGGCCAGAUGAACCGCUUGAGCACGCUGGCCAGCAUCGCCAACAUGGCGCAGCUCCACCACGCCAACCCUGCCGCCCGGCCCCCUGCCUCCGUCAUUAAGAUGCAGCAACUGACAUGGUGCACUCAAAAGGAGCGAAUGCAUGACGACAGCCCUUCCCCUUCCCCCUCGCUGGAGGAAGCUCAGAUGUCGUCCAAUCACAGCAGCAGCGUGUCCAGUUCGCCCUCUCACACAGAACGUGCUACGGAAAACACACACCAGCUCCACGAUGGCGUCACAUUAAGUCACUGCGUGUUGGCACAGUCGGGGGUCAGAGAGUCGGACUCGAUGGAAUACAGCAAAGAAAGCAAAAGGGGGCGCAUUGACAAAGAAUCCAACCCGUUGGCCGGUGAUAGACAAGUGUACCAACACCCCCCGCCGAGCAGGGACGGCUGCGAGAAGGCGCCGUACCCCGCGGGACAGAAGCUCCCAGCAGGUCUCCACCACGCUCCCUUCAUCUUCCCGGAAGGCUUGUGCUCCAUAGAGACCCUGCUCACCAACAUCCAGCAGGGUCUGCUGAGGGUUGCCAUAGAAAACGCCCGGGCGCAGGAGAAGCAGGACCACCUGGAGAGGACCGAGCUGAAGAUGGAGCUGGUGCGCGAGCGAGAGCUGCGAGAGACGCUGGAGAGGCAGCUGAGCAUGGAGCAGAAAAACAGAGUUAUCAUCCAGAAGCGACUGAAGAAGGAAAAGAGGAGUAAGAGGAGACUUCAGGAGGCCUUGGAGGAGGAGGUGAAACUCCGAGAUCAGGCAGAGCAAGGCUUCCUGCAGCAUGCCGUUGGCGCGCUGUCGGAGUCUGUGACCCAGGACGCGGACGUUGUCAAGCUGGAGGACGACAGGCUGGACGCUAACGCAACAGUGCAAGAGGGCCGAGUAUUCCUGCAGACGGCUGGGAUGUAUUGAAGAAACACACUUUUGACCUUUUUCCACUGUUCUCUACCUUUAAUUUAUUGCAUUUAUUACCCAAUCCUGGACUGUAGUAGCUGCAAUUCCUUUAUUCUGAUGAUGCGUUUGUUUGUGUUUCUUUCACCCGAGAUCCUAUUUGACGAGGAGCGUAGUUGUUAUUUGUCUGGACACAAGUGAACGGUAUAACUUGUAACCCAGCUGUGUACAUAUAUAGUUAUUGCUUUAUGUUGUUAUAAUCCAGAAAAAGGCAUGUUGUAUAGUCAGUACAUGUAUGGUGUAUGUUAUGCAGUAGGGCAGUUUGACAA